AUUCGAAAGUUAAUGUUAUGUAUUACUUUCAAUUUCGAAUCAAAUAGAAAUUAGUGUUACGGAGAUUGAAUAGUUAUUUUUCUGAGGUAGAAACUGAAGACAAAUAAGAACACGUCUGAGCCCAUUCAUUCGUUAUGUAACUAAGAGUGCGUUGGCAAGUAAAUGAGUGCAUGCAUACAUUGAUUUCGUUCUCAGCGAAAGUAGAGUUGCUUGGACGAAGACGAAGAAGAAGAAAAUGGUGGAGGGGGGAGCCCCACCUUCUAGCAGAACUGAGUUCACGGAGUGUUGGAGGACAACAUGGAGGACGCCAUACAUUAUGCGCCUCGCGCUUACAGCUGGCAUCGGAGGCCUCCUUUUUGGAUAUGAUACAGGUGUGAUCUCCGGGGCAUUGCUAUACAUUCGGGAGGACUUUCGCGAAGUUGACAAAAAAACAUGGCUGCAGGAGACCAUAGUGAGCAUGGCAGUUGCUGGCGCCAUCAUUGGGGCUGCUCUUGGUGGAUGGAUGAAUGACGCACUCGGCCGGAAAAAAUCAAUUCUAAUCGCGGACGUGGUUUUCUUCAUUGGUGCAAUAGUUAUGGGAGCGGCUCCAGCUCCGUGGGUGAUCAUAAUUGGGAGAAUUGUAGUUGGUUUGGGAGUUGGAAUGGCUUCUAUGACUGCACCCCUUUACAUCUCAGAAGCUUCUCCUCAUAGAAUCAGAGGAGCACUAGUUAGCUGCAACGGUAUGUUAAUUACAGGAGGACAAUUCUUGUCAUACCUCAUCAAUCUCGCCUUCACCAAAGCCCCGGGAACCUGGCGUUGGAUGCUUGGAGUGGCCGGAGUUCCAGCCCUUGUUCAGUUCAUAUUGAUGUUGUCGCUUCCAGAGUCUCCAAGAUGGCUCUACAGAGAGAACAAGGUGGAUGAAGCUAGGGCAAUUUUGGCGAAAAUCUAUCCUGAAGAAGAGGUGGAAGAUGAAUUGAAAGCCUUGCAUGAAUCUGUCGAAUUUGAAAAGGCCGAGGACUCAGCAGCUGGGAAUGGCAUGAUCCAAAAACUAAAGGGUGCCUUGAGCAACACCGUGGUUCGAAGAGGACUCUACGCAGGCAUCACGGUCCAAGUAGCUCAGCAAUUUGUCGGCAUUAAUACUGUGAUGUAUUACAGCCCGACCAUUGUUCAAUUCGCUGGUUUUGCGUCCAACCAGACCGCUAUGGCACUCUCUCUCAUCACCUCCGGUCUCAACGUUGUUGGAACCCUAAUGAGCAUGUGCUUUGUAGAUAGAUACGGAAGGAGAAGGCUGAUGAUCAUUUCGAUGUUUGGUAUUAUCGCUUGCCUUGUGGUGUUAGCCGGGGUUUUUUUCUAUGCCGCGGAACAUUCUCCGAAGAUUAGUAAUUUGGAAUCUGCUAAAUUCGGCAACUCUUCAACAUGUCCGACUUAUGUAUCGGCUGUCAAUCCUACAGCAUGGAACUGCAUGACGUGUUUGAAACAAGAAUGUGGCUUCUGUGCUAGUGAAGUCAAGGAUCUCGCUCCGGGAGCUUGCUUGGCCGCCAGUGAUAAUAUCAGGGACAUAUGUCGUGGAGAACACAGGACAUGGUACAGCAAAGGCUGCCCUAGUAAAAUCGGAAUAUUUGCGGUGAUACUAUUGGGAUUGUACAUUAUAAUGUAUGCACCCGGAAUGGGAACAGUGCCAUGGAUUGUGAACUCGGAAAUAUACCCGCUGAGAUACAGAGGGACGGGUGGAGGAAUCGCAGCAGUUUCAAACUGGACGGCCAAUCUCAUAGUGAGCGAGACAUACUUGACUCUGACGAAAGCGCUGGGUUCGGCGGGAACGUUUCUCCUCUUUGCUGGGUUUUCUCUUAUUGGACUCAUAUUCAUUUACUUGCUAGUUCCUGAAACCAAAGGAAUGCAGUUUGAAGAGGUUGAGAAGUUGCUGCAGAAAGGCUUCAGACCUAAGCUAUUUGCACCCAAGGACACCAAAGGCAAAGCCAAAGUUGAGGAAUAGUAUAGUCGAAAAGGGACCAAUGUUAUAAUCGUUUGUGUUUUAAGCCUAGGACAUUUGGUGAGGAAUUACCAUAUUUUGAUGACCAUACUGCCAGAGCCCGUAUUUUGAUAUCACGAAAUAAUUAAUAUGUACAUGUCAUGUCAUUGUAAUAUGGUCUAUUAUAUAUCAAUAUUCUAUUAGGUUUUACUUAACUAAAAGUUUUGGUUGUACGAGAAAAACAAUGCAAUUGAUGAGCCAUGCAAUUAUGAGUCAUGCAAAAUAAUAACACACACUUUUUGGACGCGUGUGCACUUGUGACGCUCAAAAAAAGUUGUCAAAAUAGGGCGCACCGACAGACGUUGCAAUUGAGUAAGAAAUGCAAAUUGCAACCAUCCAAUCCAAACGGACAGGGGGACAAAACAAUACCUGCUCCUCCUCCGCCAGCUAAUGCACCAUUUCUUUACUACGUAUCGACAAACCACAUAAUAUCAUCAAUUUGAAGAAAGAUAAUAUAUGUACACACUGUGCAGUGCACUGCACCAUCAGCAGCGGGACAAUUUUUUGAAAAAUCUUUUUGGUUGGUGGCCUUCGGCUUUGCCUUGGAUGAAUUGCAUGUAGUUGGACAGGUGGUGCGGGGGUGGGAGAGAGAGAGAGAGGUGAUGGGGUAACCCAAGGCAGCUCACCUGCUUUAUAAUGCUCCCAAACGGUGUAGUAUCACUUGCUGUUUGGUAGCCGAGAAAAUUGACAAAAGAUGUGGAGAAUAAAGCAUUAAAGUUGCAUUCUCUAAUGAGCAACGAAUAACCGGACAACGAAUAAGGGGUCCAGAACACACCACCACAAGUUGGAGGGAGAGUUGUAUGAAAUAGAAACGCCUAACCUAUCACGAGACACUUCGUUCCUUAAGUUUUCCCAUAUGGCGCCGCAUGAUUGGUUUGAAAAACUGCCACCUUGGCAUCGGAGUUCAAGAUUCCAAUUUAGGUACCACCAACAGAAACUAAACACAGAGCUUUGAAGGAGGAGAGAACAUUUUGUUCAGCCUCCCUCCCACAGUAUCUCCAACAACAUAUGAAUUUCCAAUUUUCCAUCAUACAGAACUUAGAACACAAUCAAUAACGAAGGAACAGAGACGAUACUUUUGCAAGCAGAUCACUAAAACCGGAUAAUCGGUAAAACCCUUUUAGCAAAAUUCGGGUUUACGCAUACAAAACACCACAAAACAACCACAAGGCAAACAAGUAAUAGUAUUCCACUCCUACAAAAAACCAAGUCAAUGACAGAAAAAGAGGGCAAGAAAGAAAGAAAAUACCCAUCCAAAAAACCCUAGUUGAAUUCAUACAUCUUAACUGCUAAGAAGUCCGUAGUGUCUUGCUCACUAGCUUCCUAUAAUCUCUCUCCCUUCUUACAAUCAUAUCAUAUUCUUCUUCCUAGCUUCUCAACCACACUGUACAAAGUUACAAACCAUGAAACACCAACACUUCCUAUAUA